AUGACCGGCACUGCCGCCCAGGUGCGGGCACUACCGCCCAUCUCCACCGUCACUGCCGCCCUACCACUACGCCUGAGGACGACGCCACAGAUGCCCUACCGGCGCCGGCACGGCCGCCCCACUACCAAGCACAUCAUAUCUGGACCGUUUAUCCCUUUAGUUCUUCUCAAUUCCUGGUCAACGCGCUCAACCAUCUGGCCCCGCGUGCGCAUCACCACCGAAUCCAUCCACCCACGCACGCGCCUGCCCCCGCAUCGCUCGGCCAAGCUCCUCCCGACCGUGGCCAACCAGACCCGCGGGUCAACGCCGCCGCCUGGGCUCACCGCCGCCAGGCCUCGCCUCCCCUGGCUCCGCCCACCUCGCCUCCGUUCCGACAGCGCGCAGCUACCGCGCCUCCCUGGUCCAACCAUCCGAGCCGCAGCUCCACAGAUGCCCCGCCCACCUCGCGCUGCACGUCCAGCUGCCGCAAUCCCUGCGCCGCCCGCCGCCAGUCGCCCGUCCCCGCACGCGCCAAGGCAGCGGCCACAUCCACUCGUUUCCCUGCACGCGCGCUGCUGCCAGCUCGAUUCCCAUCCUCCACGCUCACUCCCGCCGGCCCGCUCGCAGCAGCUCACUACGCGCAGCCGCGCCUCCACGCUCACCCAUAGCUCGAGCUCCGGCCGCCUCCCCGUCGGCCGACCCAGGCCAUCCCGCUCGUCCGACUCGCCUUGGACGCGUCGCCCCGCACUGCCACCACUGUCGCGCGUGCGCCCCAACCUCUCCUGCAGCACCUAG